AUGGGCACAGCAACACGCCAGUUUGGAAUCAUUGCUGAUGCCGUUUGUUUGUACAGGCUAGCAGUCGGCGUCGUCAUCACCGUACCCUCCGUUUACUACAUCCUCAGCUCGAUCGAAACGGGAGGUCACCACGCCGAAGGCCACGGCGAGGAGCAUCACGCCGAAGGGGAGAAGGAAGACGAGUCUGAAUCCAAGGACGAACCAGAGGUCAAGGAAGCGGAGGGCAAAUCGGAGGGUUCCGAAGACAAGGCAGAGACCAAGGACUCCGAGGAGAAGGAAGAACCCAAGGACUCUGGCGACGAGAAGCCUGCUGACGACAAGAAAGAAGACAAGCCCGACGCCCAAAAGGAACCCGUGAAGGGUGGCACAUCCGGCAAGCAAGAAGGCAUCAGCAACGCCGAUACACACCAUUCUACAGACACCCACGAUGGUUCAAAGAGCACCAAGGGAGAGGGCGUAGCAGAGACCGCUAAGCUAAAGGGCACCGUUCAAGCUGAUAGGCCGGGUGCUGAGAGCGAGCAGAAAGGCAAGGCGAACCAGGACAAGAGCAAGUAG